AUGAACGAGCUGUUUGAGGAGUUUGCCCAGGCUCACUCCCUACAGCAUGGCUACAUCCUAGCUCAGACGCUGUCACCAGUUCCGCCGCCUGCACAGCCCAAUAGACUCCGGCAAAUACUGCAAAGCACAAACUCUCACAGCAUCAAAGGCGAUUUGAAACACUUCAUCAAGACCAAGACGGCACGAAAAGUCAAGCUCGACCAUGAAGAGGUGAAUGGCUGGGUGGAGGUCUACGCUGCUUACUGGCACGCUGUUGGUGAAAUUGUCGCCGGCGAGGAGGGAAGAUCAACAUGGACGAAGGUGUAUGAGGCAUGGAAAGACUUGACGUCCAUGCUCAUUCGCGGGUACAACAAUUACGGCUUUGAAGCAUGGACAAUCCCGACUCUGUACAUGGUUGGCAAGUACCUACGGCUCUUCGCCAUCAAGUCUGACGCAGAGCGCAGCAAGCAGUCUGGAGUAUUGCCGACGGGAUCAGCCGCCCUUAUGCAGGACGACUUUGACCCUGAAGCAGAUAAACAGGCUCAGCUGCGCGACUGUGAACAGCAUCUGAAAAGAAUCUUCACACUUUGUCUCAAUGAUAGGGCGCCAUUGCAAGAAUCAAGAAAGUGGGGGAUAUACUACAUCAUCAACUUGUUGUUCAAAACGUACUUCAAGCUCAAUUCCGCCUCAUUGUCAAGAACAAUCCUCAAGACGCUGGCAGUCUACAACCAAAAGGGAGACAUGCCGCCUCUAGAAUCGUUUCCCAAGUCGCAGCGAGUCACUUUCAAAUACUACGAGGGAGUACUAUUCUUCCUGGAAGAAAAUUAUACAGAAGCUGAAAAGUAUCUUGUUGAAGCCUGGGAUCUUUGCCAAAAAGACGCCCGACCGAACUCUGAGCGCAUUCUCACAUAUCUCAUCCCUUGUCGGCUCCUUACCAGCCAUGUCCUCCCCACCAAGAAGCUGCUGGAGCCUUACCCACGCUUACAAGAGCUGUUUUUGCCCCUCGCCAAAUGCAUUCGAAGCGGCGACCUGCGCAACUUUGACAAGGCUCUACAAAGCGGAGAGGAUCAAUUUGUCAAACGCCGCAUAUAUCUUACCCUUGAACGCGGGCGCGAUAUUGCCCUGCGCAACUUGCUUCGCAAAGUCUUCAUAGCGGGCGGCUUCGACGAGCCCAAAGAAGGCGAAACGACACAGGUCCGCCGCACGCGAGUUCCUGUCGCAGAGUUCCAGGCUGCCAUUAGUAUGGGCAGCGGUGGCGACAGCAUCGAUACGGACGAGGUCGAAUGCUUAUUGGCCAACAUGAUAUACAAGGACCUAAUGAAGGGCUACAUUGCGCGCGAGCGCGGCAUUGUGGUGCUGUCGAAGAAGGGUGCCUUCCCGGGAACAGGGAUAUAG